UUGGUUCCCUGCAGUGGCUUCUCCUUCAUCUCCACCUUCCUCUCCCUCUCCUUUGCUGCAUGGCUUUCCAGAUAAGCAUAUGCCUGUUAUUCGGAGAGAUCUCGUGAGUAUGCAAAUUUCAAUGACUCAACGAAUUUGCAAAUUCACUCCUGGCACAUUCGCACAGAGACCUGAGUGGCAUGCUUUUAUCCCAACUCUCAGACUCCAAACCACUGGCCCAUCCACCCGUCCCUUCCCGCCUGGCAUGCUCAGAGAGGGAUGACGAAGGGAGUGCUGAAGGCUACGGACCAGAUGUUCCAGAACCUCGUGAGCCAGGCAUUCUUGCUUCUCCCCCAUCUUUUCCCCCUGCACUGAGAAAGCAUCUCUCAUCACAGAAGAACAACAAAAGAGAUUCACAGAAGAAGCGAGGAGAGGGAGCAGCUGGGGACACUGGCAUGAUUUCUCCGUCGGCCUUGGCAACAGCAGGAAAACCAUGGUGAAUUCAUUUCCAGCAAGAGCCGAGCUGCGGAGGGCGGGCAGAGCAGGGCAGGCUGGCCUUCUCUGCCCCUGGCCGGGAUCAGCCUGCUGGAGAUCAAAGAUCAAAACUCGCUUUCCUCUGGAAAAAAAAAAACCAAUCUGCCAGAGAGAGAGAGAGAGAGAGAAGGAUCUUCGGGUUGGGCUCUUUUCCACAUCUGUCUCUGGGCCCGUAGCCUGUGGCGUUUUUAAAGGCCCCAAGCAAUCGACGGGGUGGAUGCAGGGGGUUGCCACGCGUGAGGACUGAAGGAAGGAGCAUCUCUGUGGUGGUGUCUGCAUGCAAUUUCUCUCCCCACCCCCACCCCCUCCAGUCCAGGUUGCAACUGAGAAGUCGUCGCUGGCUGGAUAAUCCCAGAGCUGGCCGAUGGCCCGCACACAGGAUGGUGCUCCGCAGCUGACAGGGGCCACUUCGGAGGAGAUCUCCCCUGCCCAGGUCCAGCUCCUGCUGGCCACGUCCCGAGAAGCCCUGCAGGCUGCCUACUGCCCCUACAGCCACUACCCGGUGGGCGCUGCCCUCCUGACCUCAGAGGGAAAGAUCUACUCAGGUUGCAAUGUUGAGAACGCCUGCUAUCCUCUGGGUGUAUGUGCUGAACGGACAGCCAUUCAGAAGGCGGUGUCGGAAGGGCACACGACAUUUCGAGCCAUCGCCAUCAGCUGCAACAGUCAAGAAUCCUAUGCCGUGCCCUGCGGGGCUUGCCGACAAGUGCUCAGAGAGUCAAGGGAAUCUCUGUUCCUGAUCAUCAAAAAGUCUUGGUAUACCAAGACGAAUCCAUUUGGCAAACAAUGGGACAUUUAUUUGACCAAGGCGGAUGGAGCGUAUGUCCGAAAGACUCUGGAGGAGCUUCUGCCCUUCUCUUUCGGACCAGAAGACCUGAAGAUCUGAAGGAAGAAAACCCGUUCCAGAGCUGUUGGCCACCUUGUGCCUUUAGCCCAGAAGAACCUUCCAUCUUGUAUUCACUGUAUUUCAAAACUACCUUCUUGCCAAUUUAAGUUUAUUUCAGACAUGUUGUGUUUCAGACCUUGGACAAGUCUAGGAGUUAGUCUAGGAGUUGUUACAGAAUGUCUUCAGCAAACAGAGAGCUAAAUGCACACUUUCUUUGCCACCUUCCCUUGUAAACCUCCUUUCAAAGAGGUGGUGGCUUUCUUCGGAUGGUUCCUUUCCUAGCUUGCAAAUUUCCAAAGCUUGGAAAAGUUCCUUUUUUAGACGGUAUCUUCCAGAACCCCUCAAACUAGUGAUGCUGCCUGAGGACUUCUGGAGGUUGAGGUCCAAAAGAAGAGAGGGACUUUCCAGCACGGUCUGGGAGACAGAGAGCUGCCAUAUACCAAGUCGAACUAAGGUGACCAUGUAGGUUUGAACAGUCCUCUUUUUGAAAGUGUAACCAUCUUAAUCUGUUUGCAGCAAAAACAAGCAAGAAUCCUGUAGCACCUUAAAAAGGUCAGAUGCUAUUGUGGCCACUCUGACCUGAGACGCAGCAGCUCUAAACCCACGAUGCUGGGCUCCAUCCAAAUGAGCCUGCCUAGAUAACAUGUAUUUUUUUCCACCGCACGUUAUUUUCUGUUAAUUUUGCUUUAAAUUAUCAGCUAUAACAUUCUGUACUUUAAAGACAACUACAUUUUCUUUUGAUGCAUCUGGAAAAGUGAGCUAUUCAUUCAUGAAAUGUUACGUCCAAUAAAACAUGCUAAUUGUUAAA